AUGUCUAACCAUGCAGGACCACAGAAUAUUGAUAAUGCCUUUCAUUUACUUAGCGUCUCUUUCAACAGUAUCCGGCCGGAUUAUCUGUCAUUUCCUGAGCAACGCCUCGAUGAACGCAACGUGAUUUACUCUUGGACCGACGAUGACAAGGAAGAGUUUGAACUGGAACACGUGCGGCUCAAGAUUCAACUUGACUUUAAAGAAACCGGACUGACAUGCAAGAAGGUCCCGUUCUUGCAAAAGCACCCUAACCACCCGUUUGCGGUCGUCUUCCAGGCCAUGAAAGCUUCGAAUCCUGACUGGAGAUGUGAUAAUGUUGACAUCAUCGCCCAAAGCGACCUUCUGAACAUGAUCUUCUCAUGGAUCCGGGAUGACCAAAGCGCGAGCUUUGUAAUCGAUGCGUCACUAGUCAGAAACACUCUUUUUAUCACACUCUUUGAGGACGAGAAACCAUCUGGCCACAGUGACGAGGAUGAAUCGUCAGACGCCAUCUUUGCGCCCUCGCCAACCACUGUCGGACAACAUCAUAUUCUGGAAUACUCAUUUGGAGGCCUCAACUUGCUUGUUACCUCCUCCGGCCACCUUAUGCACUCCAUCCGCUGGGGAAGCGAUGUAUACUUCGGACGAAUACUGCCAGCUGAUGAUAGAGCCGAUCCUGUCUGGCGCCGUGUACUCCCUUUGUUAUGGUUCAGUGGAACCCACACGUGUGUGUCUGGAUCUGUUUCUGACGGAGUUUUCAAAGAAGACAAUCAAUGGUAUGUCAACAGAAAGAUAAGAAAAUGGGAGGGUCGAGACGACACGCAAGAGCAUCUGAAAACGAUGUUUUGGCUCCUCCAGUACGUACGAAUGAUCACUAUGUGGCAGUUGUUUUCCAGAUCAUGUUUGAUCCGCUUCGAGGCCAAAGGCGGCCUCAAAAGGCUAGAAGUCUACGCUGCGUCGCGGGUACAACAGUUGCCUACUUUGUUCGGGGAGUUUUGGGAUAACAAAUAG